UUGAUCACAAUCGUUCGGGCUCGAGGAGAUCAUUAGCAUUGUGUUGGGAUAGAAUCACACUAUCAGCGUCUACAGUCGCUUAGAUUACAAAACACAUCGAUCACUCGUGCUGCAAUUUCCCACUGGCAAAGUGCAUGCCCUGCUCUUAGUUAUGGUUGUGAUUUUUGCAAGUCUAGUGUGCUGCUGGUUGUACCACUCAAAAUGAAAGGCCUUCCGUUUAUUGGUUUUCUCAUAUUUAUACAAUUGUUAAUUGCCCUCGCCAAGUUAUACCCAUGCGAUCGAAAGCAAAUCGGUUCCACGUGCUAUGUGCUAAACAUAUCGAAUCGGAAGAGAGCCUCGCAACUGUCAUGUUCGAAGAGGCCCGUCGUUUGGUAAUCGAGCACAGCAACAUUCCCACAUUCUCGGAGAUUCUGUUUCACAACUUGCCGGACGUGGAGGCCAUCACCUUGAAAGGAGGCAAUAUCACCACAAUCAUUUUCAGCUCAGAUACAUUGAGCACACUCCGUAUAGAUAAAACUGGCCUGCAACACUUGAACAUUACACCGGGGCCCAACCACAGUUUGAACACCUUGCUGAUCAACCGCAACUUCAUCACAACUCUACCGAAAUCCAUCCGCUAUCUGUAUGCCCUUUCGAUUCUGGAUCUCUCGCAGAACCGAAUCGAGUACAUCAACCUGAAUUGGUUUCAGCAAAUGGAAAACCUGUUGGUUCUGGAUUUGUCAUGGAACCACAUCGCACAAAUGGACGCCAGUUCCGAGCUUCGUCUGGGUCGACUGAAGAGCUUCUUCGUCAGCUACAAUCAUCUGUCACAAAUCCCUUGGUUCCCGAUUGGAUUCCCAAAAUUGGAACGAAUUCGACUCUCGGACAACUACUGGAACUGUCCGUGGGUGGCAUCGGUGAGGAAGCAGAUCUGGGACCGCAGAAUCCGACUGUUCGACUCGGACAGUGCCUGCAGCGAACACAGCGAAGGUGGACUGUGCUGUUACGAUCGGGUUCCGGUGGACGUUCCCGCUCGAUACGAGCUGAUCGAAAUCGAGUUCCAGGAACAGGCCGAUGGAGUUGGAUUGGAGUUCAAGAAGGUGACUUCCGAGCCUCCACCACUAAUGAUGGCAGAACAAUCGGAUGCUGGGUCGGAGCGAAGGACAUGUGAUGAAUUGAGGGAAAGAGUUCGUGGAUUGAAGCGGGAAAAGUUGGCGUUGGUGAAGGAGAAGUCCGAAAUGGAGCAACAGUACUCGAAGAAGGUUGCUGCUAUGCAGGAGACUUUGAGAAGCGUACGAGAAGACUUGGAGGCUGCGGAACAGGAGGUUACGAGAUAUAGGUAUAAGGAAAGAAUGGACUUGAUUGAAAGGACUGCCAAAAUAAAUGUGGAAACCGGGGCGAUUGGAGUUUCUUGAAAUAGUAGUGAGUAGGAAGUUGCUUGACAGACGAUUUGAAUCAGUAAGAUAGUUUCAACUAUGUAAUUUCUUAAAUAGAAUUCAACCCACGCAUUGGAGCUCUAUGUGAAAUUUAGUAUAAAGAAAUCAAUUGAGAGCUUUACUAUUUUAAACCUCUUUUUACAACGACUUUGUUGAACUAUUUCUUUACGAAUGAGCGUUGUUACAAAAUAGACUUGAACAAACAAA